AAAAACAGCAUCGAACUGAAAGCACAGAUCUGCCUUCUCCUGCUUACGGCUAUCGUCUUGGGUAACUGCCAGGAAGCCACUGAGGAAACCGAAACCGAGGAACCGAUGGGUAACGUCACCGACGCAGGUGACGACUCGACUGAGGGUCAGGGUGAGACCAAGGAGCUGGAGGGCGCUGCUUGGGUAACGAAGGGCUAUAAGAAGUGGUGA